UGUUAAUUAGUUGAAUUUAUUCAAUCCUUUGUUUGAAACUAUUUGCUGCUCAUCCUUGGCAGAUUUUAUUUGUUUUUCUUUCUACUUGUGUGUUAUUCUAAAGAAUCCACCACCAAGUUCAAUCAGUUUUGUAAGGGAAGACAAGAAACGGGGAAUUUAAGAAAUCAAAAGAAAUUGAUUAAAGGAGAAAAGUUUGAAGAGUAUAAAGGAACUCAAGCUGUUCAAUUGGAGUUAAUUUUUAACAAAAGCGUGACAAGUAAGAAAGAAUAUCUUGGGAAGUUUGAUAUCUUUGCAUAUUUUCCUAGCUGGCAGAACAUUUAUAAGAAAAGAGAUGCUACGAAAAGAACCAACGGCCAUUCAAAUUACUGCAGAAGAUGUCUUUGAGUAUGAUGAUGAAAAGCUGAAAGAAAACCACGAUUUCAGCUCACCGUCUCAUGAUGUACCACAUCGACCCAAAGAUACGUAUACGUCCAUGCAAGAGAAGAAAAAUUUAUCAAAAGAGCGAAGAAUAGGAAUUGCACCUGGACAAGACAAUUAUGCACUCCCCUAAACAGAAGGUAACGAAUCUGUGUACAACUGAAUGAAUAUGUCAGUAGUUGUAAGUUGUAUACAGGAGAUGAACCAUACACAUAUUUUAUUAAUGCUAUGCUAAGGAUUGACUGAUAGCGUGUCAUCGGGCUAACAAUCUAAAUUGAAAUUAAGAUGCUAUGAAUGAAGCUUUCAAAAAAACGGGUUAUCCAAAUUAUAUAUGUAGAGAAGUGACAAAAUAAAAAAAAAGAAAAAGAAAAGCACUUGGAAAAUCAACGAAAAGGCGUAAAAGUAGAAUAGCAAAUGUUUUAUUAGAUCAAGUGCGUAAUAUACCCUAUACAUCUCAAAAUAAGGACGAAUCUAAAUUAUUAAGAGAAAAUAAUAGGUGCGGGACGAAAUUAUAGAGAAGAGAAUGAG